AUGGGGCCCCCUGGCUCUGAGGGGCCCCCGGGGGCGCCCCCACUGGGGGGCCCCCCUGGAGCCUCCCCUGAGGGGCCCCCAACUGGCACAUCCCAAGUGAACCCCAUGGGGGUCCCAAGGGGGCCCCUUAGGGUACCCCCCAGAGACCUUCUUGAAGAGGCCCCUGCAGGGGCCCCCAGAGCGACUUCUGAAGGCCUCCCUGAGAGCCAUUCUAAGGGACCCCCUGAGGGGGCUCCUGGGGGGCCCCCCGAGAGGCCCCCUGAGGAACCCCCUGAGGGGGCCCCUGAGGGGCCCCCUCAGGGGGUUCGUGAGGGGCCCCCCGGGGACCCCCCUGAGGGGCCCCCAGAGAAGGGGGAGCAGCCCCUUUUGGCUCUGCCAUGGAGGGCUUUUGACUAUGAAUUUGAUGGGGACUUUUGCGUGGGGGGCAAAAAGGUUUUGUUGCCCCCGGGGGGCCCCCUGAGGGCCCCCGAAGACCAAAUAGACGGGGACACAGGUGUGUGGGCCCUAGCCCUACAGCUCUGUAAGCUCUAG